GGAGGGUGAGAGUGAGAGAGCAAGGAGAGAGGCAAAAAAGAAAGAGGGAGGGAAGGGCAUCACAAAGCUGGGGUGGAAGGAAUAUAAAGAAAAAACAUUCUUUAUAACAAUCUCCAAUAAUUUAACGCAGGGAGGUCCAAGAGUUGUCAGGGGAGAGACUAGUUGAGUUGUGCCUGUUUGGGCUCAAAGUCUAUCAUGGUAAGGCAUGGUGCCUUAGGCUAGGAGCUUCAGUGUAGAGCUGUGUCAUCCAGAUAGGGAAGACACGGAGGCUAGAAGAUGCAAGUUGGCAGGUGGCUGCUCUGGGUGACCUGGCUCUAUAUCUGGGCGGAAGGGUCACGCCAGUGUCAAUGCCAAUGCACCUGUAUACCGGAGCCGGGACUGGCCGAGGGGUCAAAGACACCGGUCAAGGAGCAUGACCGUCAUCGAUUGGAACACCGGCAGCAUCGGCCACACAGGGACAAGCCACACCGGAGAAAAGGUUCCAGACUGAGGGCGGAUGUGGUGGAGGUGCGCCCGCGGAUUGUCCACCACCCCUCAGAUGUGGUGGUCAAGGUAGGCAGCCCCGCCACCCUCUCCUGCCGCGCCGACGGCACACCCGAGCCCUCCAUUGAGUGGCUCCGCAAUGGCCAGCCCCUGGAGAUGGACAAGCUGGACAGCCAAUCGCGGCCCAUCGUCCUAUCGGAGGGCAGCCUUUUUUUCCUCAGCGUGGUGCCAGGGAGGCGGAGUCAGUCACAUGAGGGCGUGUACGCCUGCAUGGCAAGGAACAGCGCUGGCAAGGCUACCAGCCGCAACGCCUCCCUCUAUAUCGCAGCUCUGCGUGAGGACUUCCGGGUGCAGCCCUGUGACGUGGAGGUGGCUGUGGGGGAGGUGGCGGUGUUGAACUGCAGCCCGCCGGUAGGCCACCCCGAGCCCAAUGCCACCUGGAGAAAAGACGGGGUCCCCAUCAACAACACCAAUCCGCACUACACUGAACUGAAUGGGAAGUUGAUAAUCGCCCCAGCCCAGAAAAAUGACUCUGGCGUGUACAUCUGUGUGGCCUCCAACACUGUGGGAGUAAGAGAGAGCAGGGCCGCCCGCCUGUCUGUCCUAGCCAAGCCAGUGUUGGUGCUGAAGCCUCAGGAUGUGUCGGUGGGGACAGGAGAGUCUGCCCAGUUCUACUGCGAGGCUAAAGGAGACCCCAUGCCAGCUGUGGAGUGGAGCCGAGUGCAGGGCCCUCUGCCCAACGGCAGGUAUCUAGUGAAUCCUGACCAGAGCCUCCAGAUCCACUACGUGACACCACAGGAUUCUGGGAGGUACACCUGCACAGCUGUCAACGACGUGGGGGUGGUCACCGCCAGCGCACAGCUUGUGGUGGAGGCAGUUGCAAGCACCAGACAGAGGGACCUUCACAGAGAGUUGUCGGACCUGCGCAUAGCUCUGGAGAAUGUGACGGUGCUGACUCCAAACUCCAACAUGUCCCAAGUGCAGUGGAAGCUCCAGUCUUUCCCAACCCAGCCUCAAUACCUGGAUGGUUUCGAGGUCCUCUGUCGCUCUCUCUUGCCUGCCAGUUCGGACUGGGCUGCUAAGAGAGUGCCACUACCCAACUUUCAAACACUGGUCGGCCCGCUCAAGAGGGGCUACAAGUAUGACUUCAAAGUGCGUCCCUACGGCAGCAGCUUGUAUGGCCGGGAGAGCAACACCAGGCACCUGCGUGUACCUGAAACGGUGCCUAGCGCCCCACCUCAGGCCGUCUCCAUAACAAGGUCCCCUGACCACAAUGACACGGUCUAUGUAACCUGGGAGCCUCCACCCCACACAGCUCACAACGGCAUCAUCCAGGGAUACCAGUUGUGGUGUGUGCAGUUGGAGGAGCAGCAGUACUUGAACUGGACAGUGGACAGUGGGACCCACAGUCUGGAAAUAAACCCUCUGUACCCAGACAAAGAGUACUGGGUCCAGGUGGCAGCAGUCAACGGAGCUGGCGUCGGGGUGCAGAGUGACCCCCAUAGACUGGUCAUAGACUCCCGGAGGUCCGGGGCCCCCCAGUCAGACAGCCCCAGUAGGGACCUGACUCGGGUUCUGGCUGUGCUGAGGAACCCUGUGUUCAUCGGAAGCGUUGGCGCCCUCCUGUGUUGCAUCCUAAUGGUGAUGGCCUUCUGCCUGUACCGCCGCCACACACGACCCGGCGACCACCUGGGACGAGGCCACGGCAAGGCUAAAGGUUUGUACAGGUUGGCCAGUGAGGACCUAAUCAUCAAACACCGAAUGGCGGCCCCAGACUCACCAUGGAUCUCGGGUGCGUGGAGACCGGCCCAGAGUGGCGAGAAGUACCAGGGCAUGUGGGCUCAGAGCCAGGAGAACCCCGGCUUCAGGAAAACCACCAAGAAGGACCCCGGCUCCCUGGACUCGGCUGUCCCCAUCGUGCCCGACAGCUGCGGUGUCUAUGGGACGUUCUACGUGGACCUGACGGGAAACAGCCUCAAGACCUUCAACAGCCCCACCCGAUGCCCCAAGAGGCCCCACUGCCACACCACCUCCUCCUCACAUUACUCCCAGCACGGCACAGAGGUGGUGCGUACCGCUGUCAAGACCAUGCUGGUCAAGGAUGGACAGGCCCUGCCCCCAGCCCAGCCCAAGAUGGGCGUGCUCAAGGAGUCAUGGGAGAAGAAUUACAAACGAGAGCUCCAUGCAGAGAACAGCGCCCCCUUGGUGUCAUCGAGGAGCCAGGCGCUGGCUGUGAGGGGAGUGCCUUACAAACAGAGGCUCAGCCAUCUCCCAUCAGGUGGGCGCUCCCUGGCGUCGUCCCGCUUCCUGCACCACUCAGCCUCACUGCACUUGGUGGACAUGCUCCCCACCCCACCCCCACUGCCCAUGGACGACACCACUGACACACACAGCCUCACCUCAGAGGAAGGGUCCAGCAGGUCCACUAAACUGAUGGUGGAUGAAGGGUCUCACCAGUCUGUGUGUGCUGCGUCCGGUCUCCGUGGCCCCCCAUCCAACACUACGGGCUUCCCCUCCUACAGCCGCCUGUCCACUGCCUCUUACUGCCUGUCAUUAGACGAGGAGCAGGACACGACAAUGACCUCACAGGAAGUCACCCAGUACCUGGAGCUCAGCCCCAAGGCCGAGAGGUGCAGCACAAUGCCGGAGAAUCCUCCUUCCUCCUCCCUCUCCCGCCCUUUCUCCCCCACUCCCCCUUUGGGCUACAUCUGUGGGCUCCUCCCCUCCGACCAACUGGAAGACAGGUUGACUGACGACCAGGAGUCCCAGCCAAUGGGCUCUCGACGGGCCCGGCUCCAGAGCACACCCUUGUCGCUCUGCAGUGAAUGGGAGGGCUCGCUGUGGAAUGGCUGGGGGUCGGUGUCAGAAGGCAACAUGGCUAACAGUGCCCGCACCAGCUUCAUCAGCUCGUCGGACGGCUCAUUCAUGAACGAUGUCAACUUUGCCGGCGUGCUGGCCACUGUGGCCGCAGAGUCCAUGAGUGGAGCCUCUUUCUCAGGCAAGACUACUAGAGAAAAUACUUCUCUACCCCGGCGUCGCCCCUCAGUGCCGUGUUCCCUCCGGCUCCAGAUGAAGGAGCGGAGUGUUUCGGGGAGCUGGAUCCCAUGCCUGUUUGGGACUGGAGUACAACCUGGGUGGAGGAGAUGGAGGCGCAGUACUGCGCCCAGUACACCUCCCAGGCAGAUGCACCCCCCGCCUGCAACACCUGGGGGCAUUGUCGUGCUGACCGUCACUGUGAGGACCGCCGAGCCACCGGAGGGGGUAGGGUUUGAGGACGAGGACGAGGACGAGGGUCAAGGACAACCUCACAGCGAUGAUUGGAUUGAUGAUACGUUUUUUGUGAAGUCCAUUUCAAUGCCAAGACAUGCCUUUAAUUUACUCAUGAUUUGUAAAGUACUCAUAGAAAAUCAGGAGAAAAACUAUGUAAUUGUAUGUUUCAUCCAUGAAUUAGGAAGUGGCCUUUGUUUUCCUGUGAGUGGUUUACAACAAGUCAUGAGUAGAAGAUGUAAUUGGGAAUGAAAUGAUGUUGACCAUUCAACCUCUCCCAUCCAGACCACUAUUAGACCACUAUGUUUCCCACAAUACCUCAGGGCAGUCUCUCCCAUGAAAAUAGAAUUCCUAGAAUAGGCAUCUUCUAUUUCUAUGGAUCCUCCUCCAAUUUGUGUUCUCCAUUUGUCCUAACCUGGGAUUGUCUUUCCAAGAGUUUAACCACAGCCAGUCCCAAAAACAACUUUUAAAACGUUUGGAGUGUUAUGAUUUUAGUGGCACUAUUACUGUAAUGUAGUGCAUUUAGUUUCUUCCAGAAUCUUCCAUGGGCCAUGAUCCUGCUGGUUAAAACAGACUGAACUGAACGCACAAUGAUGGGCGUAGCAUUCAGUCUGGUUUAACCAGGCUAUGAUCCUACCAUAUUAGAGUGUAUUGAAAACAACACAAGAGAAUUUAUACAGAACAUUCACUGAUCAUUCAUUUGCAAUAGAAUGUAAAUAUACGCGACUGAUUUUAUUUAAUGAACCAUGUGACUUUCCACUGUGAACCACUGUGACUUUCCAACCCAUUUUCUGCCUCUUCUUUUUAUCAUCCUUUGUUCACAAAAGACGGUCUAAAGUUUUAUCAUGUUUUUCAUUAUUAUUAAAUGUGCUUUUGUCUCUAUUGAUUUUAUAAUGAGAGCUAAACAUUUAAGUUGUUACACUAUAAUUUGGACGAUGUAGUUGUGUUCUGUUUCAGAUUUAGUUGAAUUUCUCUUCCCUUUGACUUCAAGCUAAACACUAAGGGCUGAAUCAUGACUUCAGAUGUGUGUGCAAUUCUCCCUUUGACUUCAAGCUAAACAUUAAGGGCUGAAUCAUGACUUCAGAUGUGUGUGCAAUUCUCCCUUUGACUUCAAGCUAAACAUUAAGGGCUGAAUCAUGACUUCAGAUGUGUGUGCAAUUCUCCCUUUGACUUCAAGCUAAACACUAAGGGCUGAAUCAUGACUUCAGAUGUGUGUGCAAUUCUCCCUUUGACUUCAAGCUAAACAUUAAGGGCUGAAUCAUGACUUCAGAUGUGUGUGCAAUUCUCCCUUUGACUUCAAGCUAAACAUUAAGGGCUGAAUCAUGACUUCAGAUGUGUGUGCAUCACUCAACUUUUUCUCUCUCGCAAUUCUCCCUUUGACAUUAAUACAUGACUACAUGACAAACACAUUCCCAUGUCAGAAGUUAGGAUUUGUCCCUAUGUACUUGUGUACCUAAAUGAAAUGUGUAUACAUUUAGCAAUAAGUAGAAUGUUUUUCUCAUGAUGUAACGCUCUUCCUUCUGUAAGAAUGGGUUCAGUAGGACUGGACUAAUGUGUAUUAUUGAAGAGGAGGAAUAAUUAUUCAUUUGAUAUAAAUGUUUAUGCAUGACUUAAUACUACUAUUUGAAGCAUAACUAACUAAGUGUCUUCUACUGUGGCCUUAUUGAGAUUAAAAACGUAUACAUUUCAGUCU